AUGAAGCUGCUCACCCACAAUCUGCUGAGCUUGCAUGUGUGGGGAGUCAGGUCCUGUGGCUUCCCUCUGCAUCUCCAGGCCACUGAGGUCCAUAUCAACCCUGUGGAGUUCAACCCAAACUUCGUAGCAUGUAUGAUACACAAACUGGAGUGGGAAGUGCUUCUGGAGGCUGCCAACAGCCUGCAUCUGAUUGAGGUGCACAAAGAGAUAAUUCAGGGAUAUAAGCAUGACAAGAAAUUUCUGAGAAAGAGGCACCAUAUGCUGCUGGAGGUGAAUGUGUUGGAGGGCAUCCUGCAAUGCCCAGAGUCAGGAUGUCUAUUCCCCAUCAGCCACGGGAUCCCCAAAAUGUUGGCUGUGUGGUGA